AUGGUGAACGAGGACGUAGAUUUAAGGAGUAAACCCGGCGUGGGUGUGAUGCCGGGGUCUCCGCAGGGUUCGUCUCGGGUUCCGGGAAAUUCGGGACGGGUCCUGUCAGCUUGGUAUCAGAGCUUAGGUUCAAUUUCUUGUGGACCCCACACCUUGUGUGCAUCCUUAAGUUGUGGGAUCAUGAUGGGUUCCGUCACGGGACGUCAUCAUUUUGACGCAGAGGACUAUUUGACAUGGGUGGAUUUAGGAUGUUGA